GUGCGUUCUGGCGGACACCGAGGAGCCCGAGAGGGCUGGGUCACCGGGCUGGACGUCGGGGACGCGAGCGCGGGAGCCGCGGGCCAGCGGCCACGGCCAAGGCAGGUGCAGUCGUCCCGCCCCCGGUCUCCUCCCGACGCCCCCGGGCCGCACCAUGCGGCGCGCAGUGGAGGCUCUGGACCUGCCGGUGUGGGACUGCGUCUCCGGCCUGUCCCGGGGGCCCGGACACAGAAAUGUGAUGGCUCAUAUUGAUUCUGAGGUGAAAGAAGAAUGUCUGAGGGAAGACUUGAAGUUUUACUUCAUGAACCCUUGUGAAAAAUACCGAGCCAGACAUCAGAUUCCAUGGAAACUGGGUUUACAGAUUUUGAAGAUACUCAUGGUCACCACACAGCUUGUUCGUUUUGGUUUAAGUAAUCAGUUGGUGGUUGCUUUCAAAGAAGAUUCCACUGUUGCUUUUAAGCACUUGUUUUUGAAAGGAUAUUCUGGCAUAGAUGAAGAUGACUAUAGCUGCAGUGUGUAUACUCAAGAGGACACCUAUGAGAGCAUCUUUUUUGCUAUUAAUCAGUAUCAUCAUCUAAAGAACAUAACCCUGGGGACUGUUGCGUAUGGAGAAAAUGAAGACAAUAGAAAUGGCUUAAAAGUCUGUAAGCAGCAUUACAAGAAAGGGACCAUGCUUCCUUCUAAUGAGACACUGAAUAUUGACAGCGAUGUUGAGACAGAGUGUAUUCACUUAAGCCUUCAGGUCCUCAGCAAGAACCCUCAGGACUGGAAGAACUCAUCAUUCUUCUGCCUGGAAUUUUAUCGGCUUUUACAAAUUGAAAUCUCCUUUCAGCUCAAAGGCAUUGACCUUCAGACAAUUCGCUCCCGCGAGUUACCGGACUGUUACGUCUUUCAGAAUAGGAUUACCUAUGACAAUAAAGCUCACAGUGGCAAAAUCAAAAUAUAUUUUGACAGUGAUGCCAACAUCGAAGAAUGUAAAGUCUUGAACAUAUCUGGAUCUAUUCAGAAAAAUACCCAGUAUGUCCUUGUGUUUGAUGCAUUUGUCAUUGUGAUUUGCUUGGCAUCUCUGAUUCUGUGCACAAGAUCCAUCAUCCUUGCUCUAAGGUUACGCAAAAGAUUUCUAAAUUUCUUCCUGGAGAAGUACAAGCGACACGUGUGUGACGCUGACCAGUGGAAGUUCAUCAACGGGUGGUAUGUCCUGGUGAUCAUCAGUGACCUCAUGACAAUAAUUGGAUCCAUCUUAAAAAUGGAAAUCAAAGCAAAGAAUCUCACAAAUUACGAUCUGUGCAGCAUUUUACUUGGGACAUCUACGUUGUUUGUUUGGGUUGGAGUCAUCAGAUACCUGGGUUAUUUCCAAACAUAUAAUGUGCUCAUUUUAACGAUGCAAGCCUCACUGCCAAAGGUUCUUCGGUUUUGUGCUUGUGCUGGUAUGAUAUACCUGGGCUACACGUUCUGUGGCUGGAUUGUCUUAGGACCUUAUCAUGACAAGUUUGAAGAUCUAGGCACAGUUGCUGAGUGUCUGUUUUCUCUCGUCAACGGUGAUGACAUGUUUGCAACCUUUGCCCAAAUCCAGAAGAAGAGCGUCUUGGUGUGGCUGUUCAGCCGCCUGUAUUUAUAUUCCUUCAUCAGCCUUUUUAUAUAUAUGAUUCUCAGCCUUUUUAUUGCACUUAUUACAGAUUCUUAUGACACCAUUAAGAAAUACCAACAGAGUGGACUCCCUGAAACGGAUCUUCAGAAAUUCCUGAAGGAAUGUAGUAGCAAAGAGUUAUAUCAGAAAGAGCCCUCAGCCUUCCUGUCCAGCUUCUGCUGUCUGAGGAGGAAAGGAAGUGACGACCACUUGAUACUAUUUAACUGAAAUCCUUGUGCUAAAGACAAUCAAGUUUUGGGCAUCCUUAUCCAUUGACAAUGCAGAGGGGGCCCCAACAGUUUGGACCAGCACUUCCAAAAUGCUGACUGAUUUCAUUAUGGAGCGGGAAAGAAGAGUGACUAUCAGCUAGCUGACCCCAACCAAAGUUCCAAAGUUACUUUUUUUAAACUUAGAUGGUGAAACAUAGACCACAGGAUACUACUGGGCAUUAGUGCAAUAGAGCAAUGAAAAUGAAAUUUUCUAACAGUCUUUUAAUUUAUGACAUGACAAUGUUGGGAUUAAAAAAAAAAAAAACUCACAUUU